AGCGGCAACCGCUUGGGGAACAGAGUCAAAGGAGAUAGUGUACGUAGCCGCAGGUGGGAGGAGAAGGAGAGAACGCAUGUGCAGCCCGCAUGAGGCCUGCUGGCUGCACGCCGCCUCCACGCCGCAGAUGCUCUGCUGCUGCUAGACUGCGAGGGCAAGGGCGGGCAGGAGAGUGUGUGUGUGCAGGGCCUGAGAACACGGGGCUGAGGACAGGUGCCCUGCUCAAAGGAUCGGUGUGGCUGUACAUCUGUGCUGAGAAUACUCACUGAUAUAGUUUGGGUUUGCUUCCAGCAGCUUUGCACUGAACAACAUACAUCUGUGGUAUCUGCUACUGCUUAAUUGGUGCAAGAUCACUCUCUGAAAUGCAGCUGAAGAAAAUGAGGGAGAUCAUACCAACGGUAUAUGCCAGCAAAGCAAGCAAGGGAUACAGCUCAUUGACUGCAUCACCAAAGCAAGCAAGUGUUGAUAAAGCAAUUUCAACAAAAGCAAGUGAUGGAAAUCAAAAGACUGAAGAAAUCAAAUCUCAUCUGAUAAGGUGUAUUAAAUGCAGAUGUGGGCAAGAGACAUCUAUGGUGGAAUUGCAGAAACUGAAAUGUCAACAGGGUGAAGAUACUCACUCUAUGUGUAGCAAGUGUGUGCUGAGUGUGCCAUCAAUUGUCAAUUUUGUGACUGAUCACAGUGUGUAUAACAUGGAAAACAGCAAGAAAACAACCUCUUUUAAAACUCUAAGAACAUUCAAAGUAAAAAACUUUCAGCCAGACAAAUAUUACUGUGACAAGUGUCGAUUUUCCACAAAGGAUCCUCUGCAGCAUAAGAGGCACAUAGCUCAGCAUGAAGAGAUCAGAUUUGUUUGUUCCUACUGCAGCUGUGUGUCUUACACCAAAGGAGAAUUCCAACGACAUUUGGUGAAACAUACUGGAACAUUUCCAUACCAGUGCAAAUACUGCGACUAUGGAGCUGUUAGACAUGAUUAUGUAGUCAAACAUACAAGGAGAUUACAUGGAACAGUUGCAGAUAAGCAGGUCAAGCUCAGUGUUGCAAAAGCUGUGCAAAAAAGAAAUUGUUUGCCAAAGCAAUGUACUGAAAAGAUUAGACUUGCCCAGGAAGGCCCACUCCAAAAUGAAUCUUCAAAUACAUCUUUAAAUAUGGGGAUUAAUGAAAUGCAAGAUGAAAUAUUGGAAGUUGCUUGUUCAUCAGGUGAUGCAGCAAACAGGAGAGGAGCAGCAUGCAUGCAAGACAAAAACAUACUUGAACCAUCUGAUGUCAGAAAUGAAAAUGCAGUUGUUGAAGUUGAAGUUUAUUCUCCCCAAAAAGGGCCUGUCAUGCCCGAAAUGCCAUUAACAGUGGUUGCACCAGCCACAUUUGUCGCUCCACCUAACUGUUUGGCAGAGAUCAUAGACAUUAAAAAGGUUAAUGGUGUACAGCAGUUGAUUCUUAAACUCAUUCCUUUGGGUGAAACUGCCUCCAGACUGGCGAAGUCUAAACAAGCAGAAUCUGCAAACUGGUGUACCGAACAAGAACUGACAAUAGAUGGACACAUGUUACCGACUCUUGAUGAGUCUUGUGUUUUAGAUAAAUACUACAUGAAUGCUGAAUGUCCAAGUUCCUCUAUUUCUACAACUUUGAAUUGCAGCUUGAAAAGCCAAUACAGGGAAAAUGUUAUUUGUAAAGAAAAUGCAGAGAGAGAAAAUAAUUUUAUAUCCACUGCAGGAGAGAUUUCACCGGAUGAAAUAAAGUGUCCAGAAUCCUUUCAAAGGGAGAAAUGUGCAAAAAACAGACAUGGAAACAGUAAUUUGGAUGCACCCAGGUGCUUGUCUUCAACCUUUUCUGAAGACAAAAAUGAGCCCCCAAAUGGUGGUUUGGAUUCCAUUCAGAAAAACAAUAGUAUACUGCCUUCUGUAUGUGAUACAAAGUGCCUCACUUUAAGUGACACUGAAAGAGAACAUAUGGAUGAGUUAACAGCCACGAAAGCACGUUUAUUUGAUUCCAAUUUGUCUUACCCUUCUGAAAGCACUGAGGAGUUACAGCAGAAUAAGACUGCAAAUGUGGAUAGUUCAAGAAAUGUCUUGGAAGCAAGAAAUGUAAAUAGAAAGAACACAAAAUGUAAGGAAGAUAAUGCUUGUACUGAUUCUUUGGAGUUACAGAAUGUAAAAAAUGAAGAUAGCUCUUUAGAGGGUCCAGUGAUCUCAUCUGUAUUUUCCCUUAGCUCUGGUGCUGUAAACAUCCCAGAAGGCAUCAAGUGGGAUGAUACAUCACACAAGAAAAGAUCCACAUCGUUGUUGUGUAGAAAGAUUGCUCAGCUGAUGGCUGCAGCUGAGUCAAGCACGAAAUCUCAGUUAGCUGCUUCGUUAAGGCAUGGUAAAAAUAAUGCUUCUAAAGAGAAGAUGCUCUCAUCUUCAGAAACUUCUGGAAAACAUGAAAGAAAUGGCUUGGCUACUGCAUCAGAACAAGAGUCUGUCCCUUCUCCCGUAAGACCAAAUUAUACCAAUCCUCCUAAUGAACAUUCUAGUAAACAAGAACAAAUGCAACCAUCAGAAAUUCCAAGAGCUACAACUAAAACCAGGGUGACUAAUACAAUGCACGUUGUUUCUCCAGUGUUCAUUCCUCAAGGGACUGUUCUGAGAGUGCUAGAACGCACUAGCACUGAGGGCCCAACUGGAGAAGAAAAAAGGGAUCAAAUGUUGCUAUCCCCACAUUGUAACAAGUUUCUUCCAAGACCAGUUCCUUGCUGUGCUUCUGCAAAACUUGGUCAAGAUCCGUCUUCUUUGCCUACUGAGAACAAUGUUGAUGAGACUUUCAGAAAUCAAAAUGCACAGAUGGACAGAACAAAAGGACAGUAUAUUAUGAAAAGUAGUUGCCAGCAGAAUAGAGCGCUACCAUACCCCAAAGGUAAUGUCUUACAUAAGCCAAAUAAAGGGGUCAUGAAGGGUGAAGAGACAAAAAACAAAGGUAAGCAAUUAACUGCUAAAGGGGAUUCGUCCAAAAAGAGAUCAAAUCCUCAAGAGGAUUGUUUCCUUAAGAUAGUGCCCAUCCUAGCAAGACACCUCAGGCUCAUACCAUUUAAAAAUGAUCAGUUGAUAAAGUGCCCUCAUCGUAACCAGCCUGUAGUUGUCUUAAACCAUCCUGAUGUUGAUUCCCCAGAAAUAAUUAAUGUAAUGAAGGUUAUUAAUAGGUAUAAAGGCAAUGUCCUGAAAGCAGUCUUAUCGGAAAGAACUAUUAGCUGUCUUGGUGUGAAACGGUAUCAUAAAAGACUGACAUUUCAGAACUUUGAGAAAGCAACUCAGAUUAAAAAACUGGACACAUUAAAAAUGAAGCUAAAGAAGAUUAACAAAAAUAACUACAAAGUGGUGAAUUCAUCACUGGAAGAAGCAUCAAAACAAACUUUUAAAUGUUGGUUUUGUGGGAGGAUGUAUGUUGACCAAGAAGAAUGGAUAAGUCACGGACAGAAGCAUUUCAUGGAAGCCACGAGAGGGUGGGAAGUUCUUUCUUUUUCACUCGAAAGUGACAAAUGAGAAACCGUCUCUGUGUUAUACAUUCUGAUUACUGUUCCCUGUUUUUUUAAAAAAUAGAGCAGAGAGUGAUUUAGUACACCAACCUAGUAGAGCUAUGUCGGAGUCCUGUGUACUGUAAUUCUGUUGGUGUUAAGUCAGUAUGGUAGACUUAGAAAGGAGGUAGGUGGUUGUUCUAGUAUGAGGCUAAUUUUGACAGUAGAAGUGUGUCAGUGCCAUAGUAAGUAGUCCUGUGAUAUUUGAAAUAAACUACCAACAAUGCACAUGAUCCAAGUGAGGAGGAGUUCCAAAUUUACAACUGUUGUAACGCUUUACAACACUUGCCAUGGGGAGUGGGAUGUUCUGCUAGACAGCUGCUGUGAUUUGGGCUGGAGGAGGAGGCAACAAUUUAUUAUUAUUUAUUCAAUUUUUAUACCGCCCUUCCAAAAUGGCUCAGGGUGGUUUAGAAUUAAAACAAAACCAUUAAAAUCAAUUAACAGUUAAAACAGAGAUUAUAAAACACCAUAAAACAUCAAUUAAACAAUCAAAGCAGUUUAAAACCCCUGAAAAACAACCAGGGUACAACAUUAAAACCAUUUACAACAAUUUAAAAACCCUGGAAGGCCACGCCAAACUGGUAAGUCUUGAGGGCUCUCCUGAAAGCCAAUAAGGAAUUCAAAUUACGGAUUUCUGCAGGGAGUGCAUUCCACAGCCCAGGAGUGGCAACAGAGAAGGCCCGCCUCUGAGUUGCCACCAGACGUACUGGGGAUAACUGGAGACGGACCUCUUCAGAUGACCUUAAUGUGUGGUGGAGAUCAUGCAGAAGAAGGCGCUCUCUAAGGUAACCUGGACGUAAGCCAUUCAGGGCUUUAAAGGUAAUAACUAGCACUAACUUGUAUUUUGCCUGGAAACAUAUCAGCAAUCAGUGCACCUGUUUCAAAACAGGCAUGCUACUGUCUCUCCGGGUUGCCCCAGACCAAUCUGGCUGCCGCACUGGCAAUUUUAGGCUCACAUUGGCGGUUUAGGCUCUCAUUGUCAUUGAGACGGGUAGUCAUGCUGGCAGCUGCUGCAGCAUCUGAAGCUGUGGAGAGAUUGGCUGACUUGCCCGUCCAAGGGACACUCUGCCAGCACCACUGCUGCAGCAUAGAAUUCUGCUUCUUUUCCUCCAGGAGUUGUGCUGUAAUAGCGAGAGGCAGGCAGCCUGGCCCAUUUUCAGCCCACAUGCUGCUUCCUGCCCAUCCCUCUAUCCUGCCCUAACUGUUGCCCAGGCGGAGGAAGAAAUGGAGAUGAGCUACCUGGUUGCCGUCUUUCCUUCCAUGGAAAAGUGAAAAAGAGCCAGGAAGGGACUAGGAAAGGAUCAGGUAGCAAGGGUGAGCACCUUCUGAUUCUCCCUAUCAAUUUCCCUGCAAGACAUCUGCACAUCUUGUCUCUGGAACUCAUCAUCAUCAACUUUGACAGCAGCAGAAGUCGGGAAAGGGACCUGACCAUGGUUCAGGAAACAAACUCCCAUUUAUAACAUUAUUUAUUUCCAAUGGGAAAAGGAGUUCAGGUUGUGAGGUUUCAACUUAAGAUGGAGUUUAUGACACAAUUGUGUCCUACGUCUGAAGAGUUCCAGUACAGCAUAAAGACAGGUCUGGUAGUAAAGAACCGAAAAAGUAUGCUGGCAGCAUAGACAUUUAGUAUUUCCACCUACAGUUCUUGGAAGCUGAAGGUUCUUCAGUGUUGAGCCUAGUGGACAACUGUGCUCCAGUCUAAAGGAGCCAAGGUCUGCUACUGCCAAACUUACAAUGUAAAGGUAUUCAUAUGGGAUGGCUUUCAGAACCAUUUGGCCCAUUGGGAAGGACUAUGGUCAGGCAAUGUAUGUACCAGUGCUUCAGCCUGUUUAGGGAAAUGAGUGGAUAUCAGGUUUACCUUGCCAAUAUCCCUUCAGAUUUCAUGUUUUAAAGGCAAAUUAUGUGUUUGUGCAUUUGGUGUGUUAAUCGACCAAGAGAGUUCAAUGCAAAUCCUGCUGAGAGUGAAUGGGUGCUGUGCAAGAACACUUCAUUUCACUGUGGUUUGCACUAAAGAACCUCCCAACCAUUUUACCUUAACAAUAAGGUGACUUGCACAGAUGCUACUGAAUCAAUGAAGUUAACAAAGGCCUGAUUAUGGGUGCAUUUGUAAGCAAUGUAAGGGGUUAGUAAUUGAGAAUGAGAAAUAGAUCCUUAAUAGGACUAGGGGUCCUAGUCUUUUACUUAAAAAAAAAAGGUCACAAUGCAUAAACUAUGUUUAAAUCUCAACAUUGAUUCUAUUAAGCAAACAUUCAUAUUACAGCAAUCAGACUGCUUUUACUUGAGUGUGGGGGGAAAUAAACUGUAUUUUAUGUGGGAUGAAUGUGUGUGUAUGUAAUGUAUCUGCCAAUUUAAAUGUGUGAUGUGUUUGCUAUUUUGACAACUUUUCUAGUGUACUUAAGUCUGGGAAUAUUUUUGUGUUCUUCUUAUACUCCUAGACAUUAAAUAUCACAGUAUAUAUUGUAUCUUUUGACAUUUAGAUUACAAAGCACAUAUUGUGACUUGACCUUUUUGAAUUAAACUUUUUUACAACACAA